AUGGGUGAUAUUGAUUAUCUCCAUUUGUUGAAAUACUACAAACUUGUAUACCUCACCCCCGAUCUCGUCCAUUAUGAAAAUGAUACCGCCUCUCCAUUCUUUGUCGAUGAUCAGAUUAUAAAGUUGAAAUCAAUCAACAUUCUUGGCCAAGUGUACUAUGGCAAUAAUGGCACCACUGACCGUGGAUUAUAUGUAAAAUACUUGUUUCUUGACAUUGAUGGCAUUACCGAAACUGCAUUCACUUGUCAGAUCCAGUACAUCUUUAUUCACUCCUUCACUCCUCCUCCAACCUCUCAUUAUUUCGAAGCUCACCUCACCCAUCACGACCAGCCUGUAUUUGCAUUCGUCAACUGGCUUCCUUUGAUUGCAGAUAGAGCCUGA